UUCCGGCCCCGCCUCUCCCUCCCCCUCCUCCCCCCCCCCCCGCUGGGUCCUAGCGCCUGCCCCUCCCUGGCAGUGUCCGGGCUCCGUCGGUCAGAGCAGCUGCCGCAGACGCCACGGAGCCAGCCCAAGUUCGUUGAGAGAAGCUCCGCCCUCUGAGGCCAUGGAGGUGGAGUCUACGGAGGCCCGGUCAUCCUCCGCCCUCGGCUACAAGAGAUCCGGCCGUCGCUACAAGUGCCUGUCCUGUACUAAGACAUUUCCAAAUGCGCCCAGGGCAGCGCGGCACGCUGCCACCCAUGGUCCUGUAGACUACACAGAGGAGGUGGCGGAAACGAAGCUGAAGCCGGAGACAGAACCCAAAGCAGAGGAUGCCAGCGGGGACAAGGUGUCAAGUGCAUCGGCAAAGCCUCGGCCUUAUGCAUGCCCGCUGUGCCCCAAGGCCUAUAAAACGGCACCUGAGCUGCGCAGUCACGGUCGCAGCCACACUGGUGAAAAGCCCUUCCCUUGCCCCGAGUGUGGCCGCCGCUUUAUGCAGCCAGUGUGCCUGCGUGUGCACCUGGCCUCUCAUGCUGGCGAGCUGCCCUUCCGCUGUGCUCACUGCCCCAAGGCCUAUGGCGCGCUCUCCAAGCUCAAGAUUCACCAGCGUGGUCACACGGGCGAGCGGCCCUAUGCUUGCUCCGAUUGCGGCAAGAGCUUCGCCGACCCUUCCGUGUUCCGCAAGCACCGGCGCACCCACGCGGGCCUGCGGCCCUACGGCUGCGAGCGCUGCGGCAAGGCCUACGCUGAGCUCAAGGACCUACGCAACCAUGAGCGGUCCCACACCGGUGAGCGCCCCUUCCUCUGCUCGGAGUGUGGGAAGAGCUUCUCCCGCUCGUCCUCGCUCACGUGCCACCAGCGGAUCCAUGCGGCACAGAAGCCCUAUCGCUGCCCAGCCUGUGGCAAGGGCUUCACGCAGCUCAGCUCCUACCAGAGCCAUGAGCGCACUCACUCGGGCGAGAAGCCCUUCCUGUGCCCGCGUUGUGGCCGCAUGUUCUCCGACCCCUCAAGCUUCCGGCGCCACCAGCGGGCGCACGAGGGGGUAAAGCCUUAUCGCUGCGAGAAGUGUGGCAAAGACUUUCGGCAGCCCGCAGACCUGGCCAUGCACAGGCGGGUGCACACAGGCGACCGGCCGUUCAAGUGCCUGCAGUGUGACAAGACGUUUGUGGCGUCUUGGGACCUCAAGCGCCAUGCGUUGGUCCACUCAGGCCAACGGCCUUUUCGCUGUGAGGAGUGUGGGCGAGCCUUCGCCGAGCGAGCCAGCCUUACUAAGCACAGCCGGGUGCACUCAGGUGAGCGCCCCUUCCACUGUAACGCCUGUGGAAAAUCCUUCGUGGUAUCGUCCAGCCUGAGGAAGCAUGAGCGGACCCAUCGGAGUAGUGAGGCCGCAGGGGCUCCCCCUCAACAGGAGCUGGUAGUAGGGCUGGCACUGCCUGUCAGUGUGGCAGGCGAGGGCUCAACGGCCCCGGCAGCAGGUGCAGGGCUAGGGGACCCUCCAGCAGGGCUGCUAGGGCUGCCCCCCGAAUCAGGUGGUGUGAUGGCCACCCAGUGGCAAGUGGUAGGCAUGACGGUGGAACAUGUGGAGUGCCAAGAUGCUGGGGUUGGGGAGGCUCCUGGUCCCUUGGCAGGGGCGGGCGAGGUGGGAGGUGAGGAAGUUGACGAGAAGCCACCGCAGUUUGUGUGCCGGGAGUGUAAGGAGACGUUCUCCACGCUGACGCUGCUGCGACGGCAUGAGCGCUCACACCCAGAGCUCCGGCCCUUUCCCUGCACCCAGUGUGGCAAGAGCUUCUCUGACCGGGCUGGGCUGCGCAAACACAGCCGCACCCACAGCUCUGUGCGCCCCUACACCUGCCCCCACUGCCCCAAGGCCUUCUUGAGUGCGAGCGACCUGCGCAAGCAUGAGCGUACCCACCCCGUUCCCAUUGGGACCCCCACGCCCCUCGAGCCCCUUGUGGCUUUGCUAGGAAUGCCUGAAGAGGGACCAGCGUGAAGCCCAUGCCCCGCCACCUCACUCCCAGGAGCCCAGGCCUCACGGGGUGCGUCCUGAACCUCUCUUUGCCCGCAGCUCACUCUUUAGACUCCAGAUCCCUGCCCCACCCCCGGGCAGCUAGCUCUCCUUGCCAACAAAGAGCUGGGGACGAUGGAGGUGGGCAGCAGCUAUUGAGAGAUGUGUGUCUCUCUCUGAGUAACACUCAUUAAAGCAUUCACUUUGACACUGAGUUGUCUUCUGUGUUUUGGUUGGGUGGAAAGGGAGUGGGAGUUUGGACAUCAGAUAAGGUUCAGUGGAGACCCCUGGAUUGACAGAUAAGAAACUAGAAGGGUCUUUGGAUGCAUUGUUUCCCAACAUAUGUUUUCAGAAUGUCUUUUGAAAAAGGGUUCCCUGGUCAAGGAAGUACCAGGAAUUUCCUAUGCCCUUCUUGGGGAUUGUUGGUGAUCAAGAGUGUACUAAAGUCAUUGAUAAAUCCUACAAUGAACAUCUAUUUAGCUCUGCCCAUAGUUAUUUCAUCCUGGAAACCUUUUACUGACUAGUUCUGUCCUUUUACGGAUAAUACACAGAGGUCCUAAAUUAGUAUAUUUCCUGUAUACUACAGUAAUAAAUUAGAAAAACUACUUGGGGGACAAAGAGGGACAAACAAAACCCAUAAACUACAAAAGAAUAAACCUCACAAGAAAUAUGCAAAACCUAUAUGAAGAAAAUGGUAUCACUGUCCUGAAGGUUUUAAGACCUAACUAAAUGGAGACAUACCAUGUACCUGCAUGGAAAGACAUUCUCCCUAGUCUAAUCCUUAGAUUCACUGUCACCCAAAAAGAUUUAUUAACACAACUUGAAACCCCAAAACUCCUGUAAUACAUUUUUAAGAACCAAUGGAGGUGAUGUAUUUGACAUACUAGAUAAACACCAAAGCACUGAAGUUAAAAUAGGUUAUUAUUGGCACAAGAAUAAAUCAGCCAAUGGAGUUGGGGGUGGGAGGGUUUAGAAACAGCCCUAUUUCUGAGAAUUUAGUUUAUGGUAAAUAUGAUUAUUCAAAUCAGUGGGGAAAGGAUGGCUGUUAAAUUACAGUCCUAUCCAUCCUGGAAGACUACACAACUUUUUAAAGAC